AUGUGCCGUAUUCAAGUCCCUUCUGGAAAGAUGAAUAACCGGGAAGUGGACAUCAACUUCGAGAACGUUUGUCGUCUUCACCCUCGUGUAUUGAGAAUUGCGAGCCGAUCAUCAGCCACAAAGUAUCAUGUCAACACAGAUGUCUUGUGUCGGAUGAACAAUACCCAGACUAGAGAAAACUCCAACGAAACUCAAGAGGAAGGUACAGCUUCAGAAAAGAAGCCGAAAAAUGUAACCUACCUCAAUUUCUACAUGUAUAUUUUUCCUGGAGGAGAAGUUUUUCUGGAUUUUCGGGUGUAUUUGAAGCCGACAGCUGCUGAAAUCGUCCUUUGUAAAUAUCCACAUGAUAAUCCGGCCUGUUCGUUGAAGAUCACUUCA